AUUUUAUUCAUGAAGCAUAUACGUAUGAGUGUCAAUUUACGAGUGACGGCCGGCCGAAUGUGUGAUAAACAAGCAAAGCGGAACAAGUGUUAUCUACUCAAAUGCGAUAACGUUUCGAACUAUUGAUAAUAUUUCAAGGAAUUCGAAAAAGAAUAUUAUUUUUUACAAUCCGUUGAAAUGGCAACCGGCGAUGGGAGACGCGUUGCACUAAUCACGGGUAUUACUGGGCAAGAUGGUUCCUAUUUAGCAGAAUUUUUAUUGGAGAAAGGAUACAAUGUUCACGGUAUAAUUAGGCGAGCCAGUUCUUUUAACACCGCUCGCAUCCAACACCUCUACAAAGAUCCAAAAUGUCAUCGUCAGGACAAAAUGAAAUUGCAUUACGGCGAUAUGACAGAUUCCAGUAGUCUAGUUAAAGUAAUUAGUUUUGUGCAGCCAACGGAAAUUUAUAAUCUCGCUGCUCAGAGUCACGUUAUGGUAAGUUUCGAAGUAAGCGAAUACACUGCUGAAGUCGAUGCAGUAGGAACGGUAAGGUUAUUAGACGCGAUACGUACUUGCGGUCUAGAAAAGUCUGUGAAAUUUUAUCACGCAUCUACGUCUGAACUUUAUGGCAGAGUGGUAGAAGUGCCUCAAAACGAAAAGACACCAUUUUAUCCCCGUUCUCCGUACGCCUGCGCAAAGUUGUACAGCUUUUGGAUCGUGGUAAAUUACCGCGAGGCGUACGGAAUGUUCGCGUGCAACGGUAUAUUAUUUAAUCACGAAAGUCCACGUAGGGGAGAAAAUUUUGUCACGAGGAAGGUGACCAGGACAAUAGCAAAGAUACACUUAGGUUUGCAAGAUGUUCUCGAGCUAGGAAAUUUAGAUGCAAAGCGGGAUUGGGGACACGCAAAAGAUUACAUUAAGGCGAUGUGGAUGAUGUUGCAACAACCGGCUCCGGAUGAUUUUGUAGUGGCAACGGGAGAAACGCAUAGCGUUAGAGAAUUUGUGGAAGCUGCUUUCCAAUAUGUAGGCCGCACAAUUAAUUGGAAAGGUGAAGGUGUGAACGAGACAGGGCAAGAUGCACAAACCGGACAAGUAUUAGUCAAAGUGAAUCCAAAAUAUUUCCGUCCAACGGAAGUUGAUGAACUUUUAGGUGAUGCUACCAAAGCAAAAGAAAAACUAGGCUGGAAAGCUACGAUUACAUUCGAGGCUCUGGUAAAAGAUAUGAUGGAUUCCGAUUUAGAAUUAAUGAGGAAAAAUCCGACCGCUUAAUGUUACUUCUUAUUUCUAAAGAAACUCGAUGCAUUUUAAAAAAUACAUUCUGUGUCUCUGUGAGACAAACGAUAUUCAACUAUGGAUACACUUAUUGUAUUAAGAGGAAUCUAAAUAUUAUUUUGUAAAGUUACAUACUUUUAGGUCAGACGUGGACAAGCAUUGUAAGAGAAUUAAUACUAACAGGUGCUAAUAAAAAGUAACUCUGUCCAGCGUCUGAUCUAAAAUAUGUGUACAUAUAAAACGUAAUAAUAAUAUAUGUAAUUCACGUGUGUAUGUGUAUAGUGAUAGCAGUAAAAUUAAAUUUUUCGUCUGCUGCUGUUUGCUUCCAUAUUAUCGAACAAAUAUUUAAAAAAAAAAAUAAAUUAUAAUUUAAAGGUUUUUAAAUUAAUCUACA